GGGGCGGGGGGUGUGGAGAGGCUGGUGCAAAAGGAAUGCGCGUUUGCAGGAGGAGGAGUAAAGCGAUGAUUGUGUAAUUAAAUAAUAAAACAAUCCUUAAGUCUGAUUUGGAGAGAGCUCGAGCGGGGUCCAGAGGGUGGAACCGGUGAAUUUUUCAACUUCCAAGUUUUGCAAGGAAAGAAAGCGAGAGAGAGGGAGGGGAAAAAAGAGCCCAGAGCAGAAAAGAGAGGAGUUUGGAGCCUAGCGGGAGAGCGCGAUUUAUCGUUUGGGAUUUUUCAGGAGCUCGUUCCGAUCUCUCUGGGCUCUGGGCGGUGGCGGCGGCGGCGGCGGCAGCAGCGGCAGCAGCAGCCUCCUCCUCGCUCGGCCGGGUCAGACGCGGGGCGAGGCGGGCGGCCGGGCGUGGAGGAGCCAGCGCGGGCAACGGCGGCUGCAGCAAGGGACUGCGCGCUGGGAGCCUCUUCCGCCCGGGAGACCUGCGCUCGCGCCCCCUCCCUCACCCCGGCCUCUCCCUUCUCUCCCACCCCACCCCGCCCCCACUCCGGCCCUCUCCCGCGCGCGCCCUGCCACCCGCGCGCACUCGCUCGCGCUCCCCCUCGCGCACACACAUGGUCGGCUCGCGGCAAAGUUUCGCCUGCGAUCGCCUCUCCGGGAUCCUGCCGCAGUGCUCGAGGCUGUAACCUUGAACUUUCCCAGUGCGGUGACACAUUCUCUUCGCUCUCCCUCCCGCCCUCUCUCCUGCACCCCCCUCCCCGCCUUUUUUAAAAAAGCAUUUCACCACCAACCACCACCCCAAUCCAACCCACUACGAAUCUUUGCGCACUCCCUAGCCCCCAACAACAACAACAACAACAACUGCAAAACAGAAAACAAAUCCCCAAACCCAGGCGAAAAGCGGCCAACACCGGCAGCGGCGACGGCGGCGGCCUCGGCGAGCACGGCCAGCGCGCUCGGACUGCAAGAGGGUUAAAAGUGUAGAUUGGAUUUCACCCCGGGAAAUCUAGCACGCCGAGUGAACUUGAAUCUUUGGCUAUUUAAGGAGGACUGGGUUUGUUGUGAAGUUGCGGUGAUCCAGCGCAGAGCCCCGUCCUGAUUGAUCGCAUCGCGGGGCUCAGACGACUGUAAAAUGAAUAGAUGAAAUCCUUGCUUCUCGAAGAUUUUCUUGGGCAUCUCCGGGAAAGUGCGUUGUAAGGCGAAGUCAUGAUGUAUUCUCCCAUCUGUCUCACUCAGGAUGAAUUUCACCCAUUCAUUGAGGCACUACUUCCACAUGUCCGUGCAAUCGCCUAUACUUGGUUCAACCUGCAGGCUCGAAAACGCAAGUACUUUAAAAAGCAUGAGAAGCGAAUGUCAAAAGAUGAAGAAAGAGCAGUCAAAGAUGAGCUUCUCAGCGAAAAGCCUGAAAUCAAACAGAAGUGGGCAUCCAGGCUCCUGGCCAAACUGCGCAAAGAUAUCCGCCAGGAGUACCGAGAGGACUUUGUGCUCACCGUGACUGGCAAGAAGCACCCGUGCUGUGUCUUAUCCAAUCCUGACCAGAAGGGUAAGAUUAGGAGAAUCGACUGCCUGCGACAGGCAGACAAAGUCUGGCGUCUGGAUCUAGUCAUGGUGAUCCUGUUCAAAGGCAUCCCCUUGGAAAGUACCGAUGGAGAACGGCUCAUGAAAUCCCCACAUUGCACAAACCCAGCACUUUGUGUCCAGCCACAUCAUAUCACAGUAUCAGUUAAGGAGCUUGAUUUGUUUUUGGCAUACUACGUGCAGGAGCAAGAUUCUGGACAAUCAGGAAGUCCAAGCCACAAUGAUCCUGCCAAGAAUCCUCCAGGAUACCUUGAGGAUAGUUUUGUAAAAUCUGGAGUCUUCAAUGUAUCAGAGCUCGUGAGGGUAUCCAGAACGCCCAUAACCCAGGGAACUGGAGUCAACUUUCCAAUUGGAGAAAUUCCAAGCCAACCAUACUAUCAUGACAUGAACUCGGGGGUCAAUCUUCAGAGGUCGCUGUCUUCUCCACCAAGCAGCAAAAGACCCAAAACCAUAUCCAUAGAUGAAAAUAUGGAACCAAGUCCUACAGGAGACUUUUAUCCCUCUCCGAAUUCACCAGCUGCUGGAAGUCGAACAUGGCAUGAAAGAGAUCAAGAUAUGUCUUCUCCGACUACUAUGAAGAAGCCUGAAAAGCCAUUGUUCAGCUCUACAUCUCCACAGGAUUCUUCCCCAAGGUUGAGCACUUUCCCCCAGCACCAUCAUCCCGGAAUUCCUGGAGUUGCACACAGUGUCAUCUCAACUCGAACUCCACCUCCGCCCUCACCGUUGCCAUUUCCAACACAAGCUAUUCUUCCUCCAGCCCCAUCGAGCUACUUUUCUCAUCCAACAAUCAGAUAUCCUCCCCACCUGAAUCCUCAGGAUACUCUGAAGAACUAUGUACCUUCUUAUGACCCAUCCAGUCCGCAGACCAGCCAGCCUAACAGCAGUGGUCAAGUAGUAGGGAAAGUGCCUGGCCAUUUCACUCCUGUCUUGGCACCCUCUCCCCAUCCCAGUGCAGUGCGACCUGUGACCCUGACCAUGACAGAUACUAAACCCAUCACUACAUCCACUGAAGGUGAGGCAGCUUCACCUACAGCAACCACCUACACAGCCUCAGGCACAUCUCAAGCCAAUCGAUAUGUGGGACUAAGUCCAAGAGACCCAUCCUUCCUACAUCAGCAACAGCUGAGGAUUUGUGACUGGACCAUGAAUCAAAACGGCAGGCAUUUAUACCCCAGUACCAGUGAGGAUACAUUGGGAAUUACUUGGCAAAGUCCUGGUACCUGGGCUAGCUUGGUUCCUUUCCAAGUAUCAAAUAGGACACCCAUCCUACCGGCAAAUGUCCAAAAUUACAGUUUGAACAUAAUUGGAGAACCUUUCCUUCAAGCAGAAACGAGCAACUGAGGGAAAAUGAAAUACAACCAUAGUUUAAGAAAUUAAAAAAAAAAAAAAAAAGGAAAAGAGGAAGACUGGACAAAACAAAACAAACAAAAAGGGAGAAAGGAAAGAACCUGAAGAAAGAAGAUAAUAGACCAGCAAUUGCAGCACUUACAAUCACUAAUUCCCUUAAGGUUGAAACUGUAAUGACAUAAAAAGGGUCGAUGAUAUUUCACUGAUGGUAGAUCGCAGCCCCUGCAACGUAGCCUUUGUUAAAUGAAGUCCGCUGGGAAAUAGAUGUUCUGUCUCUAUGACAAUAUAUUUUAACUGACUUUCUAGAUGCCUUAAUAUUUGCAUGAUAAGCUAGUUUUAUUGGUUUAGUAUUCUUGUUGUUUACGCAUGGAAUCACUAUUCCUGGUUAUUUCACCAACAAAGGCUAGGAGGCGGCAUCAGAGGUGCUGGGUGACAGAGCCAUGAGCCAGCCAUUUUAUAAGCACUCUGAUUUCUAAAAGUUAAAAAAAUAUAUAUAUAAAAUCUCUGUAGCCUUUAGUUAUCAGUACAGAUUUAUUAAAUUUUGGCCCUUAACCCAGCCUUUUCCAGUGUGUAACCCAGUUUGAAAUCUUUAAAAAAAAAAAAAAAGAAAAGAAAAAAAUGAAAAAAAAAGUAAAAAGGAAAAAAGGAAAAAAAAAACAGUUUGAACACAAAGGCUCUAUGGAAGAAAUGCCUCUAUGUAGGUGAAGUGUUAUCUCUGCAUGCAACAGUAAAAAUUAAUAUAAUAUUUUCCCCACAAAAGAAACACUUAACAGAGGCAAGUGCAAUUUAUAAAUUUAUAUCUAAAGGGGAAUCAUGAUUAUAAGUCCUUCAGCCCUUGGACUCUAAAUUGAGGGGAUUAAAAAAGAAUUUAAAAUAAUUUUGAACGAAUUUAUUUUCCCCUCAGUUUUUGAGGGCUUUAAAAAGGCAUUAAAUCAAGACAAAUCAUGUGCUUGAGGGAAAAAAAAAUUAAUGAAAACACAGCACUUAUGUUGGUUUAGCUGCAGCCUCCUUGGAGGUAGAAUUUAUUUAUUUAAAAUUACUGGUUGCAUCAAGAACCCAUAGGGUAUACAAAAGGUUCUAUAAAAUCUGCAUUAUAGAGACAGAGGCAGGCAAAACCAUGUCACAGGGGUAAAGCUUACAGUUUACAAACUGGGAACGCCAGGGUGUAGGAUAUAAAAACGCACUCUUGAGAAAACAAAUGUAAUCAGGGUGCUGAAAACUUGCAUGGUGCUUUCAGACAUUAGCCUUGUUCAACAAAUUUCUUGUAUUGACAGAUCUGUAGUGUGCAUGGGCAGACACAUUUUGCCUCUAUGUCUCUUAAAAUUUUAAUUAAAAAUACUCUUUCCAGUAAUCCUAAUUUGCACGAAGAUAUAAUGUCCACAUUACGUGCCUUGCCUUGAAAUCUAAAAAAAAACAAAAAACCACAAAAAAAAUCAAAAAAGUGACAUCACUACACUUGUUUUGCUGCAUUUAUUAUCAUUUUAAAUCUUUACCAUUUUUAUGACAAAAUAUUUUGUACUCCAGACGAAGAAAAAUGUGUGACAUCAUGGAUUUUUUAGACAGUUAUACCUUUAUCUCACAUUUAUAAAGCAUAUCAUGGCUGUGUAUAGUUGCCGCUUAAAAAUUGUAAUCGACCAGCAAUAUUUUCAGUAUUUUGGUGUUUUUUCUAUUAACCUUUCAUGUUUUUCAUCUUCCAAUUAAUAUUUGGGGGGAGGGGUUUCAAAUUUAUACGAAUUAUGCAAUACCAAGUUUUGCCUAUGUAGGUAGUGCUUUUAGCUGUAUUGGUUAUUAUAGGUAAGUACACAGAUUUAAAAAAAAAAAUAAUGUAUGCUUUUUUUUGUUUGUUUGUUUUAAUUGACCAAAGUGGGUACUGCUAUUUUUGCAGUGUGAUGAGGUCCUUUUGUGUACUGAGAGAUGGACAGGGGAUUUUUUUUUAAUAUACAUAUAUAUAUAUUCUGGGGUGGGUGGGAGGAUUUUGAACACUUUACAGUGUAGCUGUGAAGCAGUGCACCCUGAGAUGGGCCUGGGCUGCAAAGCGACUGUUCUGCCUACUGUGACAAACUUCAACUUACACAGGUUCCCCCUUCUCUAAUUUCCCACCUGGGGUGCAAGCUGAACUCAUUUCUGGUAUUCAUGACAACAAAAAUAGUAAGAACAAGUUAACACAACACAUUCUCCUGGAGGCAGACUUGGCUUAAAACAAACUGUCUUAUUUUUUUCUUUGUAAUUUUUUUUUUUUUUGUGGUGGUGGUGGUAGUUUUUCUUGAGAGUUUCAGAUCCACAGUGGAGAGUGAACCUGUCUCAGAGUGAGCCUGUCUCAUAUUUGGUAAAGACAUUUGUUCAAAUAUUCUCAUAGCGGAUGUUUCACACUUUGGGGGUUUAACACACAAGUACGCUUUCUUCUAUAAAACACAUCAUCCCAGCUGGAAGGAAUGCUCCCAUAUUCCCCCCCCCCCUCACCACUUCCUUUCCCCAUUUCUUCAUUUCAUCAAUGAUAACAUAUGACUUACCUGUGACUCACUACUUCAAAUAGAUGGCAGUACGCUUUGAAUUUUCUUUUAUAUACAUCCAGAAGAUUAAACAGAGGGUUGCUAUUAUUAAAUGUAUUUGGACUUACAGAUUAAAAUCGAAGUUCAAUUUUUAUGGAACAAAAAAAUAAAUCUUGUUACGUUUUCAUUUUUAUCUGCCCUUUGAAACUGAGAACUACAGCAGAAGGGAAAUACAGAAUUUUAAGAAAUGAAUGUUCCUGUGGAUGAAUUAAGCCCAUUAGAUGCUGAUGGGAUUUUUUUAAGGGAUGGUACCUCAAAUAUAUGUUUGAUUUAGUUUCCUCUGAGGCAUAGAGAGUGAAUGGAGACUGGUUUUAUUUUGCCACCGCUCCCCCCCACCCCCAGUCCCAUUGAGAGGAUUCAUUACUAGAAGGAAAAUCUUUCAGAAUUAGUGACACAUGGUGGGCUGUCUUGAGGAGCCCCAUGACCCCUUCCUUCAGGCCAUGGCCUAAUAAAGUAAACUGUCCAUUGUCCUCACAGCAUAUCAUUUAAUAAUGAAUAAUUUGGAGCAAUGCUUAUAGGCCUGAGAAUUGUUUUUGAUUAGCCCAUUCAGUUUGAUAGCCCAGAUGCUGAAUAGCACAGCAGGAUCCAAGCAGCUCAAGUUCAAAAGUAAGUCCAACCAUUUCUGUGAUACUUGCCCUGUAUCACCUCAGCCAAGUUCUUCAUGUAUCUUUAACCUAUUAGGUGAACACAUCAACCUCACAAGACAUGCAGUAUUUUUUAAGAGCAGAUGUGCUCUCUCUUUUUUUUUUUUUUACCAGUUGAGUGAGCAGUUCUAGCUAAAUACGUUACACACUGUGGGUAUUCCUGCCUGCCUCUUGAAUACAAAGGCCUAGUUCAAGUGUUGCUUUUUAUUUUUUAAUCAAUUUUUUUCUCCUUUCCUUUUAAAAUAAAACUAUUGAAAACACUACAUAUAUAUCUCAAAUCCAUUUUUUGGUCUCCUCCUCUUUUACCAGGAAGUAUAUUCUCACCAAGGGCACCACUUUUGCAGGUCUUGCACGCCCCUCCCUUACCCAGAACUGCAGAGCUUCAGGAUGGUGAAGGUCACCCAAGGGCAUCCGUAGGGGGCCGUGUCUCCAGCCCCCAGUCCCGCGGCACUGUUCAGCUUUUGUUACGUUGCUUUGCAGCCCACCACUCGCAGUGCCUCUGAAGUGUUUCCUCUGGAGUGACAUGAGCGUUUGAGGCUUGUCUAAGAAAAAUAAAUAAAAGGCAGUGAAGGAGACUGUACAUAAAGACAUGGCAAAAAUCUUAAUUAUAGCAAUAUAGUUAUGGGGUAAUGUUCGGGUGGGCAGCUCCAUUAAAAAAAAUAUGUGAAUGAAUCUGUGAAGCUGCAAGUAGCGAGAAGAACGAAAGGUCUUCUUAAUGAACCGCCUACCUUGUAGACAGUAAUUUGUACACUGUAUAGUUUUGUUAAGAAUUUUUUUUAAAUUAAAAUUCCCAUGUUUGUAAAGCUAACUUUUUAACAAUUAUAAUGGAACUAUAUGUUGUUUCCAUUUUUAAAGUAAGCAAGAAUAUUCCUUGUUUAGAGACUGGACUUGAGUUAAAACUCUCCAGCCUCUUAAGUUAUGUAUUAAAAAAAAAAAAAGAAAAAAUCUGUCCAUAUUAGGAGUUAUUUCACAGAUUUCCUGUGCUUGAAAAGCAUAGGGUACUAAUCCUUUAAAAAAGUGUAAAUGGAGAAAAGUUAUAUUUUAUGAAGGUUAUUUUGUUGUAUUUAGUAUUGGGAAAGUUGGUUUUUCAGAGCAUUUCAGAAUGUCAGAAAGCACCACUGUCUUUUUAUUAGUAUAUAUGGCCUUUAGCAAACGUUUUUUGUGAUUGUUACGUGAUGGUAUUUAAGGUGAAGUUUCACAGAGCAUUCAGGAUAGGCAGAAAACGAAAACAGUGCUAUGUCUCACUAACGCGUCCUCAGGGAGCAGAAUCUUGGAUUUGUGACUUGUAGCUUCAUAAGGACUCAACAAAAGAGAUUGCACAGGAACAUCUUCAGCUGUAUGACACAGGACAUGUUCUUUCCCGAGAUGUAAAAUCUAUGUACUGUGUGAAA